UAGUCUAGAAACCAAAUGUAAACAAACAAUUUUUAAAUGCUUUAAAAAUGGUGAAAAAGGCUCAAGCGAAACGGCAGCCGUGGGUGAAGAACCUCUACUCGAACCGCGAGUACCCGGACAACUACACGGACGCCAGCUUCCUCAAGGAUCUGCGCACGAACCUGCAUGUGCGGAUUUACACUCUGAGCGAGGCGAUUGCCGGCAUCACGGUGCUGAAUAACCAAAUAUCCUGCAUCACCGGCUUCCUGAUACUCUACCAGCUGAUGCUCAGCGACAGCGUGUCGCCCACCACGAUCCUGGUGCCCAGUUGCGGGGUCACCGGUAUUGGCUACCUGUGCUACCGCGGCAGGAGUCUCAGCUGGGCGCUGCUGGGCGAGGAUUCCAAGACCCUGGUCACUGUGGUCCUCUUUGGCUACCUCUUCUCACCCAUGCUGCACACGCUCACCCAGGCCAUCAGCACGGACACCAUCUACACAAUGACCUUCUUCGUGCUGCUGGGGAAUCUGAUAUUCGGUCAUUACGGCCUGGAUGUGGCCAUGGUCUCCAAGGCCAUCUCGCUGAAUGCAGCCAUCUUUGGAGCCAUUUGUCUGGCCUCCCGCCUUCCUACAUCCUAUCAUGCCUUUGUACUCCUCGUCGAGGCCGCCGUCUUCUUUGUGCUGUAUCCCAUAAUGACGGAAGCCAACUGGAAGGCAGGAUUUAUGGUGCCCAUCUUUGGCAUUUGCUGCCUGGCUCUGUACUGGAUAUCGCGGCCGGUGCUCUAUUUGUACGCCUCUACCACUGUCUUUAUAAACUUUGUCUGCCCCUUGAUAUUCGUGUGGCAGCAGCAGUACAAGUUCAACAUCCAUGGGCCCUGGGACGAGGCCAUCGUGGAGGAGAACACCGAGGAGAACCUGGACGAGAACUUAUAGCGACAGCUCCGCUUCUCAGAACAGCUGCGGCCACCAGGUGGCGGCGAUGUCGGGGAGCACUUCACCAAUCACUAGCAUUUUGCACGCUUUUUUUGU